AUGGAGGCUCUCCCCAAGGCCCUGGAGGUCAACGAGAAGUCUCCAGAAUCCAAGGACCUGCUGCCCAGCCAGACCGCCAGCUCCCUGUGCAUCAGCUCCAGAAGUGAGUCUGUCUGGGCCACCAACCCCCGGAGUAACUGGGAAAUCUACCGCAAGCCCAUCGUCAUCAUGUCCGUGGGCGGUGCCAUCCUCCUCUUCGGUGUGGUCAUCACCUGCUUGGCCUACACCCUGAACCUGGGUGACAAGAGCCUCAAGGUCCUUAAGAUGAUAGGGCCUGCCUUCCUGUCUCUGGGACUCAUGAUGCUGGUAUGCGGGCUGGUGUGGGUGCCCAUCAUCAAAAAGAAACAGAAGCAGAGACAGAAGUCAGUUUUCUUCCAGAGCCUCAAGUCCUUCUUCCUGAAUCGCUGA